CGGGGAUAACAGUAUGACCUUAAACCUAUCACGUGUGUUCUUAGACCGGACAUUGACCAGGUCAAGAUGAAAAGCGAGUCAGCCGAGAUCAAUACGUCUGCAUCUCCGCAAAUAACUUGGACUGGAAGACAAAUAUUUCUUGUGGCUUUACUCCCUGUCAUCACAUGUCUUUUGUUUGUCUCGAGUCCGAUCGACCCUCUCCCGUACACGUUUCCUAGCCCCUUACCUCGUCUUGAGGCAGGUUUAAAGAAGAACACUUUAUUACAGCAAGCCGACAGAUGGUUUGAGGGUCUAUUGAUUGGACCAGAAUCAUUUGCUGCAGACACAAAUGGUACAAUAUAUACAGGCACGGCGGAUGGUAGAAUAUUUUCAAUAAAACAAAAGGGGCUUUCACUCGUUGCUAGAACUGGUAUAGAUCAUCCGCAGUGCGGAAGUGCCGAGUUUGAGCCCCGAUGCGGCCGACCAAAAGGUAUGAAAAUAGGACCUGAUGGCAAGCUGUACGUUGUCGAUUCUUACAAAGGAUUACUCAAGGUCGAUUUGGAUACUGGAGAUGUAGAAACAGUUGUGUCAAACAAAGACGGCAGUGAGGGUGUACCAUUCCGGUUUUUGAACAGUAUGGACAUAUCCAGCGAUGGUAUUAUUUAUUUCACGGAUUCCUCAAACAAAUGGGAACGGCGGGACUUCAGAUAUGCGGUUUUAGAGACCAGACCAGACGGGCGUGUCAUUCGAUAUGAUAUCCGGACCGGAAUAUGCCGGACAUUACUUUCGGGGUUGUAUCUAGCCAAUGGCAUAGCUCUGACUGCUGACGAGGAUGCCUUACUCAUAGCUGAAAUGAGUAUUGCGAGAAUAAGAAGGUUUUACUUAAAAGGUGAGAAAGCAGGUACAAGUGAUAUAUUUGUCGACAAUCUUCCUGGUUACCCUGACAACAUCAAGCUCAACACACGUGGUAACUUCUAUGUGGGUUCAGGGUCAGUCAGAUUCAAGGGAUCAAGCCCUAUAGGUUCUUUCCUCGACUUGAUAGGGCCAUACCCUUCUGUCAAGAAAGUUAUAGCCGCGGUAACACCGUUGAGUGCUUAUAAUGUGUUCAUGCCAAAACACGCCUUGGUAGUUGAGAUAAACAUCGACGGGUUGAUAGUCGGAAGCCUUCACGAUCCGGGUGUCGUAAGGAUAGGUGCUGCAAGCGAAGCGUUCGAGUUCAACGGAACUGUGUUUAUAGGUCACUACCAGUCGCCAUAUUUGGGAGUGUUAUCGUCUGCGACAAUAAACGCAGAAAGAAGCGCAUAAUUAUUUGUUAAUAUGAUGUAUGGACAUUGAUGGCUUUGUUUACCCGCAAACAUUUAGUGACAGCGGACGAUUAUGUACUUCAAAAGAAGAAAAUGGCACUAUUUGUAUAAUUGUCGUUUAUAUGUUAACAUAUGCAUUUUUAAAAUGUUACUAAAGAAUGCCAUUAGUGUGUUCGUUGUUGUGUGAAAGGACUAGCUGACCCGGCGAUACUUAUAUUUGCAAUGUUGACCAUAUUCUUUGAUUAGUGCCAAUCCACCGACACAAAACAUUACAAAAAUCUAAUAAGACAUUUGAUAUAUUUUAUACAAAUACAUCUAGCAGUCUGAAAUUCUGUUAUACAGAUGUGAGUUGUUCUUUUCAGACGUUGAUUUACUGUGUCUGCAUUGAAUGUUCAUAGUGUCGUUUUACACAUGGAAGUGAUGCUUUUUAGACGUUGAAUUUCCAACAUGACGAAAAUGGUGUCUUUACCAGAGGUUUAAGUUUAUUCUCAGGCAAAAAGUAGCGUUUUCCAAACGACGAAAAACAGUAUUUUCAGUUGCUGUUCUAACUUGCAAAACAUUUAUUUAUUUCACGCAGUCGCGAACUUUCAAGAAAGAUGAAGGAAUAUAAAACGUUCUUGUUUCAAGUAAAUGAAAGAAACGUUAGUUAUAAAUCAUAAAUAGCUGUUGUAACUUUUCCAGCGUAUAUUGUAAACUUAAUAAAAACAACAACAUCUUUAACUUUAACCUGGGCCAGAUCAAAG